AUGGCAGCAGAAGAUAGCGAAGAACAUACGAAUUUCAUCAACAGUUUCAAGGAAGUAUGCGCAGUAGGUGACAAGUUAGCAAAAGAUUUCUUGGUUUACAAUCAUUGGAAUUUGGAAGCUGCAGUCCAACAUUUCUUCCAUACUGAUGGACGAUUAGAAGAGGAAGAAGAACAAAACGCAUCAAAUGCAGCGAAUGAGUUGAGACAUCGACAUGUACAAGUAAAUGAACCAUCAACUUCACAAUCUACAAAUCGACAAUCAUCUUUGCUUUCUGCAAAAGUAUCAUUGAGGAGACGUUCUCCAGCUCCACAAACUUGGUUUGAAUGGGCCAUUGCAGUCAUCAAACUUCCAUUCUUUAUUGCUUAUCAAAGCUUAUUCGAGCUUGUCAGUUUCUUAUGGUCAUUGUUUCGAGCACCGCCAUUAGCAGUUGCUGAUUCGAGAGGUGAUGUACGACAUUUUAUCGACGAAUUCAAUGCUCAUUUUGGUGAUUCCAAUAAUGGAAUUCAUUUCUUCAAUGGAUCAUAUGAUGAUGCCAUAAACGAGUGCAAAAAUUCAUUACGUUUCAUGAUUGUUUAUUUGCACAAUCCGUCACAUGAAUCUUGUGAACGUUUUGUCCGUGAAAUCUUACUAAGUUAUCAAAUGGAACAGUUUCUGAAUCGGAAUGAAAUUCUGCUGUGGGGAGUGUCUGUACGCAGUCAGGAGGGUUAUAAAGUGUCAAUGGCUCUUCGGGAGAAUACAUAUCCAUUUCUUGGACUGCUUUGUAUGCGUGAAACGCGAAUGGUUUUAGUAUUGCGAUUGGAAGGCGAAUAUGAACUUGAGCCGAUGCUUUUCACAAUUCAAACUGCUAUUGAUGAAAAUCGUAGUUAUUUGGAUGCUAUAAGGAAUGAAAGACAUCAGCGUGAAGUGAACAAUCGCAUUCUGCGUGAGCAAGAAUCGGAUUACCAGCGUAGUUUGGCAACUGAUCGAGCACGUCUAAAUGAGAGGAGACGAGCCGAGAGCGAGCGAAAAAUGGCUGAAAUAAAGGAGGCGGAAGAAAAAAAGAAAAAGCAAGAGAAGAAAGAAAAAUUAAAUGCUAUAAGAAUGAAAUUGGCAAGCGAAUUACCACCGGAGUCACAAGCAUCUGACUGUAUUCGAGUAAGUAUACGAUUUCCUAAUGGUGAACGCUUUGAAAGGCGGUUUGAUGUUACAAAUAGUCUGGAGUUGUUAUUCAAUGCAACCUUAGCUCAUGAGAAUUGUCCACCGAAUCUUACGCUGCUAUCGAGUUAUCCGAGAAAGCAACUCAAUUGUGCACCCGAAUGGUAUCGUGAAUUUGGAAUAGUGCAAGAUCCAACUAAUAUUCCGACGUUUCAAGAUUGUGGCUUCGAGAAGUCAGUGGUUGUUUUAGUACAAGAUAAUGACGCAUAG